CGUGCUCUUAUGUCAGAUGGUAGGCUUCAGCAAUGAGGGCGCGAGAGUCAUGCUCGUGACUGCGAGUUUGCCUCCCCUUCACUUCAUCUCGCGGGCGGAGGAAAUACAUUUUGGGUUUGCAUUCUGCUGCACACACGUCGGCUUUCUUAAGGAAGCGGUCAUGAGAGACGGUUGAGUUCUAUUCAGACACGCCGCGCGAAAGAGACGAGAAUGGACUAAAUUGAAUCGAAUUCCACCACCCACCCGGUUCCACGCGAUCUCCGCGGACACUAUGAAAUCGCAUCGUCUUGCUGCAUGUGGGUUCUAGCGCCAGCGGUAAAAAGGGAUCCUCUCCCCCUUAGGUGUGUGACAGAGAGAGGAGGUCUAUCCGCACCGGACCAAACCCGGAUUUAGGCACCAAACGAAUAUUUUAUCUUCUGCGUAACACAAGUCACUGCCGAAACUUUCCUGAUGGCCCUGGUCAUGGAACCCGUGAGCAAAUGGAGCCCAAGUCAAGUGGUUGACUGGAUGAAAGGUCUGGAUGACUGUCUGCAGCAGUACAUCAAGAAUUUUGAGCGGGAGAAGGUGGGCGGCGACCAGCUGCUGCGCAUCACCCAUCAGGAGCUGGAGGACCUGGGCGUGUCCCGCAUCGGACAUCAGGAGCUCAUACUGGAGGCUGUGGACCUGCUGUGCGCUCUGAACUAUGGCCUGGAGACGGAGAACCUUAAAACCCUCUCGCACAAGCUCAAUGCCUCGGCCAAGAACCUGCAGAACUUCAUCACGGGUCGCCGGCGCAGCGGUCACUACGAUGGCCGCACCACCCGCAAGCUCCCCAACGACUUCCUGACCUCGGUGGUGGACCUUAUCGCUGCUGCCAAGAGCCUGCUGGCCUGGCUUGAUAGGUCACCCUUCGCUGCAGUGACGGACUACUCAGUGACCAGGAACAACGUCAUUCAGCUUUGCCUGGAGCUCACCACCAUAGUACAACAGGAUUGCACUGUCUACGAAACAGAAAAUAAAAUCCUCCAUGUGUGUAAAACACUGUCAGGAGUGUGUGACCACAUCAUCUCGCUGUCGUCCGACCCGCUGGUGUCUCAGUCUGCUCAUCUGGAGGUGGUCCAACUAUCCAACAUCAAGCCAACCGAGGGACUGGGCAUGUACAUUAAGUCGACGUAUGACGGCCUGCAUGUGAUCACAGGGACCACGGAAGGGUCGCCUGCUGACCGCUGUAAGAAGAUCCAUGCAGGAGAUGAAGUGAUCCAGGUUAACCAUCAGACUGUGGUGGGCUGGCAGUUGAAAAACUUGGUAAACUCUCUGCGCGGUGACCCUGCCGGCGUGACGCUGACGCUGAAAAAGCGUCCCCAGAGCACGCUCACCUCCGCCCCCGCCUUACUAAAGAACAUGCGAUGGAAGCCCCUGGCCCUGCAGCCGGUGGCCCCCAAGAGUCCCACGAGCAGUUCGGCCACGCCCACCAGCACCAUCAGCACGCCCUCCAAGAGGGACAGCUCCGCCCUCCAGGACCUGUUCAUCCCGCCCCCUCCCUCCGAACCCUACACACCCAGAGACGAAAGGGGGAACCUUCCGAGCGAGGAUGUGCAGGACAGCAUCUCCAUGGCCAAGGGCUCCGAGUCGCCCAACUCGUUCCUGGACCAGGAGUAUCGGCGGCGCUUCCCCCUGCUGGAGGAGGAGGCCAUGCUCUACUGCUACGAGUACGAGCCCGCGCCCAGCCCCCGCGAGCGCCAGAGGGAGCGCGAACGCGAGGCCAGUGGCCACAGGGACAGGGACAACACCUCCACCUACGGGAGGUUGCGGCCCAUCUCGAUGCCUGUGGAGUACAACUGGGUGCCAGACUACGAGGACCCGGCCAAGUUAAAGAGAGAGGGCAGGAGAGAGAACACUCUGUUGCGGUACGUGGGCGAGGACAAGGGUGGCGUCCCCGAGGAGUACCUGACGGGGCGCAGUGCCAAGCGGGACACGGGCAAGCGGGCCAAGAAGCGCGGGGAGAAGGGGGGCAGUCCAGCGCACUACAGCCUGCUGCCCGCACUGCAGAUGGAGGUGCUGCGCCAGGAGUCCAUGUCCACCCCGAGCCCUGACUCCACCUCGCUCUACCAUACCUUCCAGGCGUCGUCCCUGCUGUCGAAAGCCAAGAAGAAAAGCAAGGCCGGUCCCCUGUCGAGCAUCAGCAAGCGGCGGAUCUCGUGUAAGGACCUGGGCCGCGGUGACUGCGAGGGCUGGCUGUGGAAGAAGAAGGACGCCAAGAGCUACUUCUCCCAGAAGUGGAAGAAAUACUGGUUUGUGCUGAAGGACACCUGCCUCUACUGGUACAUGAAUGAGGAGGACGAGAAGGCCGAGGGAUUUGUCAGCCUGCCCGAGUUCAAGAUCGACCGCGCCAGCGAGUGCCGCAAGAAAUACGCGUUUAAAGCCUGCCACACCAAAAUCAAGAGCUUCUACUUCGCUGCCGACAGCGUGGACGACAUGAACAGAUGGCUGAGCCGGCUCAACAUGGCGGCGGCCGGCUACGCUGAGAGGGAGAGGAUCCGGCACGAGCAUGCUGACUACUGGAGUGAGAGUGACCAUGAGGACAAUGAGACGCCAUCGACCCCCAAGCAGGACAGCCCUCCACCCCCCUAUGACACCUAUCCACGCCCACCCUCAAUGACCUGUGCCAGUCCCUACCUGGAGCCUAAGCACGGCCGCCUGUCCUCCACCGAGACGUCGCAAUCGCGCUCGUCCCACGAGGAGUACCGCAGCGAACCACAAGGGGGCGGCAGCAGCAGCGGCGGAGGAUCACCGGCCCGCAAGUCGGCCAGCCAGCGGCGCUCGUGGCAGGACCUGAUCGAGACGCCGCUGACCAGCUCCGGCCUGCACUACCUGCAGACGCUGCCCCUGGAGGACUCGGUGUUCUGCGACGCGGGCGGAGGAGGGCUCUCCCCAGCGGAGGCCCGCCGCCAGUCCACGCUGCCCGCCCAGAGGAGCCUGAUGGCGGACCACUACGGGCCGGCGGGGGGCGAGGGCUCCAGCGCAGCCCGAGGAGGUCUGGGCUUCGAGCGGAUGCUGCUGCUGCCUGACCCGGGGCUGGCGGCGGGGGGGAAGCCUCGGAGCUUCACGCUGCCACGCGACAGCGGCCUCCACGCACUCCUCACACCCUCCGCCAGCGUGGAGCAGCGCGACCCGCUGCGCCGUGAGCUGGCCCGAUGUCUGGACAACCCCAACGGUGAACAGCUGGAGCACAGGCAUGCCGACUCCCUGGGGGAUUUGUACCGGGCUCUGGAGCGAGCAAGCCUGUCUCCGCUGGGUGACCCACGCCUCUCCACGCGUCUGGACUACAAGCGCUCGUUCGUCCGGCGCUGCAACGACCCGUUGCUCAACGAGAAGCUGCACCGGCUGAGGAUCCUGCAGAGCACGCUCAAGGACAGGGAAGGGGAAGUAGCUGUGAUUGACAAGCUGCUGACCAAUCCACAGCUGACCUCCGCCUCGCUGCGGGAGUGGAAGAGAAUGUACCUGGAGGUGUUCUCGGAGGAACCGCAGCACGAGCGCGAGUGCGAGCCGACGCCCAGCCCUGAGUCAGAGCCCAGCCCUGGCCCCGGCCCGCCUACGCUCUCACACACACACUCCUACAUCGAGACCCAUGUGUGAUGCGCACACA